CUGUCACUCCAGAAUCUCCAUCCCCCUUGAACGCAGCACGGAAAGCACCUUUAUAAAAACCACACAAACGGCGUCUUAUCAGUAAAUCUGUCCUGCUCAUCGUCAGAUAUGGCAGCGGCGUCCUCCUCCUCCAGUCAGUGCAGGUCCUCGCGGCAUUUCCAAUCAAAUCAGCACCCCAUAAUAAUAUGUUUAAUGGCACGUAUAAAACGACAAAAUACAGUUAUGAAGACUAUAAGGAGACAGCAGACUGGCUGUUAGCUCACACGGAGCAGCAUCCUAAAGUUGCCAUCAUCUGUGGUUCAGGCCUCAGCGGUCUGGCUGACCUGCUGGUUGACAAAACUGUGUUUCCAUAUAAGGAUAUUCCUCGUUUUCCCGUCAGCACUGUUCAGGGCCAUGUCGGCCAGCUGGUGUUUGGAAAGCUGCAGGGUUGUGAGUGUGUCUGCAUGCAGGGAAGAUUCCACUUCUACGAGGGCUACGACACACACAUGGUGACAUACCCAGUGCGAGUGUUCUUCCUGCUGGGUGUGGAAACUCUGAUUGUGACUAACGCAGCAGGGGGACUCAACGGCAGCUACAAUGUGGGAGACAUCAUGCUCAUUAAGGAUCACAUCAACAUGCCUGGCUUUGCGGGUCAGAACCCGCUGUGUGGGCACAAUGAUGACAGGUUUGGCGUGCGUUUCCCGUGCAUGUCAGAUGCAUAUGAUUGUGACCUGAGAGCUCUGGCCAAGCAAACGGCAAAGGAGCAGAGCUGCGACAGCUUCCUGCAGGAAGGAGUUUACUGCAUGCUUGCUGGACCGACAUAUGAGACCAUCGCAGAGUGCAAAGUCCUGCAGACGCUGGGGGCUGACGCUGUGGGUAUGAGCACUGUGCCAGAGGUGGUGGUGGCCCGUCACUGUGGCCUGCGCGUCUUGGGUCUGUCCCUCAUCACCAACAAGGUCGUGACAGAUUAUGACAGCAAAGAGAAGGCGAACCAUGAGGAGGUGCUGAAGACCACGAUGCGCCGAACACAAGACCUGCAGAGGCUUGUCAGUCACAUAAUUACAAAGAUCUAAAUCCUUCAGCAGCGCACAAAAUCCGGCCUCAUAAUAAUCAGUAAUAA